AUGGCGGCUAAGUACGGCCUAAUGCUACAUCAGAUGGACGUCAAGACAGCGUUUCUUAACGGCUCCCUCAACGAAGACAUCUACAUGGACCAGCCGGACGGAUACCUGGAUGCAACACAGCCGGACUAUGUGUGCAAGCUAAAGAGAUCACUCUACGGCUUGAAGCAAUCGCCUCGCAUGUGGAACCAAACAAUCGAUGGGUUCAUGAUCAAGAUGGGAUUCAAGAAGUGCGAAUCGGACCACUGCAUCUACAUCAAGCGAGACGACCAAGACAUGAUUCUCGUGGUGCUCUACGUCGAUGAUCUCAUCCUGGCCAGCAGCAACAACGAACUCCUCAAGUCGACCAAGAUGGCGCUGAGCAAACGCUUCGAAAUGACGGAUCUCGGUGAGCUCGAUUACUUUCUCGGCAUGGAGAUCAAGAACGACCGUAAGACGGGAAUGGUGACUGUACAACAAACCAAGUUUCUCAAGUCCGUGUUAACCAAGUUCGGAAUGGAUAACAGCAAGCCAGUGAAGACGCCUCAAGAUCCCGGCCUGAAGCUAACCAAGAACAUGUGUGAACAAGAAUGCAAGCACGAAGACACCAUGUGCAACGUGCCAUAUCGAAGUGCUGUCGGAGGCAUCAUGUAUCUCAUGGUCGCCACACGUCCGGAUCUAGCUGCUGCAGUGGGAUCAUUAUCCCAGUUCUCGUCCGACCCAUGCCCGACUCACUGGCAAGCUUUGAAGCGUGUGCUGAGAUACCUGCAAGCAACGCCCAAUCAUGGUCUUGAGUUUACACGUGAAGAAGGAAGCCGUAUCUGCGGGUACACCGACGCAGACUGGGCCGGCGACAUUGAGUCAAGACGAAGUACAAGCGGCUAUGUGUUCAUGAUGAGCGGAGGAUGCAUCAGCUGGAAAAGCCAGAAACAACGGACGGUCGCGCUAUCUUCAACAGAAGCAGAAUACAUGGCGCUUUCCGAAGCAACCAAAGAAGCAGUAUGGCUCAAGGUGCUUUUGGGGAACUUGGUGAGAUGA